AUGGAUAUAGAGGACUGUAAUGGACGAUCCUACAUAUCCGUGAACGAAUCCCUUUUUUCACGGGAACGGAACGCGAGCGGCAGCGACGCUCGUUACGUCCCCGUCUUCCCGGCGCUGCCACGGGAGGACCUGGUGACGGCCUUGCCGCUGAUCCGCGCUGACUUCGCAGCCGGGUCGCCGGGCAGCCGCGUGCCCCGCAGCGGCGGGAGCGUUAUGGAGUGCCAGGACCCCGCGUUCCGCCAGCGCUCAUUCCCGCUCCCUUUUCCCAUCUUCUCACGCCAGCGAGAACUUGCAGCAGAGCCAGCUCUGCCCCCGCGAGCUGCGAUUCCCGACUCCGUCGAGAAGGACUCGCCCAACUCCAUCAAGGUGGAGAUGUACAGCGAUGAGGAGGGCAGCCGGCUGCUCCCGCAGGACGAGCGCCUGCUCGACAAGGACGACAGCGUCAUCGUGGACGACUCGCUCUCGGAGCCGCUGGGCUACUGCGACGGCUCCGGCGCGGAGCCGCACUCGCCCGGCGGCAUCCGCCUGCCCAACGGGAAGCUCAAGUGCGACAUCUGCGGCAUGGUGUGCAUCGGCCCCAACGUGCUCAUGGUGCACAAGCGCAGCCACACCGGUGAGCACGCGGCGGCGGGGAAUCCCGGAAUCCCAGAGCGGCCGAGCGCCGCCAAAGACGCCCUGCGGGUGCUCAACGAGGACGGCGAGCAGCUGCGCGCCUUCAAGUGCGAGCACUGCCGCAUCCUCUUCCUGGACCACGUCAUGUUCACCAUCCACAUGGGCUGCCACGGCUUCAGAGACCCUUUCGAGUGCAACAUCUGUGGCUACCACAGCCAGGACCGGUACGAGUUCUCCUCGCACAUAGUGCGGGGGGAGCACAAAGUCG